UAUGUGUGAAUAUGUAUAAAGUCUGUAGGCUGUUAUAAAAGUGUGAAGCCAAAGAAUUAAACUGAACAAAAUCCUUUAAUUUGCCCAUCAAGCUAAAAACAUGUCAACUAACUCCCUUGUUUUCUCUCACUAGAAAUGACCACCCCAAACAAGACCCCUCCUGGUGCUGAUCCAAAGCAGUUGGAGAGGACUGGUACUGUUAGAGAAAUAGGCUCACAAGCAGUUUGGUCUCUCUCGUCCUGUAAGCCAGGGUUUGGAGUGGAUCAGUUACGAGAUGAUAAUCUAGAAACUUACUGGCAGUCAGAUGGAUCACAGCCUCAUUUGGUGAACAUCCAAUUUAGAAGAAAAACAACAGUGAAGACCUUAUGUAUUUAUGCAGACUACAAAUCUGAUGAAAGUUACACUCCAAGCAAGAUCUCUGUCAGAGUAGGAAAUAAUUUUCAUAAUCUCCAGGAAAUCCGGCUGGAAUUAGUGGAACCCAGUGGCUGGAUCCAUGUUCCUCUGACAGACACCCACAAGAAGCCCAUUCGCACCUUUAUGAUCCAGAUUGCUGUUCUGGCAAACCACCAGAAUGGGAGGGACACUCACAUGAGGCAAAUCAAAGUGUACACCCCUGUGGAGGAGAGCUCCAUUGGCAAAUUCCCCAGAUGUACCACAAUUGAUUUCAUGAUGUAUCGCUCCAUCAGAUAAAAUUUCCUCAUGAGGAACAAUAAAGGUAUUUUUUCAUGACCAUAUCAUUGCUGAAGUAUUCAGAUACUUAAAGAGCAGGGUUUACUUCAGUGUAAUUAUAUCUUUAUGUUUAUACUUUGUACAAUUUUGAAAUAAAGAUAAUCUUGUGUUACAGUA